AUGUCAAAAUCAAAGUUAAAAAAAUGCUUAAAAGAUUUAAAAUCAAACGGAGGCAGCUUGGAGGAAAUAAAAUUUGUCAGUAAGUUAUUGCGAAAAAGAAUGCAGUCAAGCGUUAAUGACCAGCGGGAUUAUGAAAAUGAAUUAAAUGAGAACUUUUGGAAGUUUUGCAAAAAUGAAUUUGAAAACACUGAAGAGCUAGAACCAAACUUGAGCGAACAGUCGUGUUUCGACUAUUUUAAGAACUUAUUUAAGGAGAAAAGUAAAAGUCGUUUGUUUAAUUGGCCGUCCUGGUUGAGUUCAUUUCUAUCCGCAAGUAAAGAUUUCGACUUAGAAUGUCCUACGUAUC